AGUAGUUUAAUGUGAUUUCCCCACACCAUAAAUGGAACAGCCCACCGGGUCCACACACGUUCGUUUGGUGGGACAGCCCAUCGUCGAAGCCUUACACACAGUUAAAGUAUGCUAUUGCAUGAUUUGCAUAUCUGUUUGCAUAUGGUUAGAAUUGCAUGAUAAGCAUAUCUGUUUGCAUUGCUGACUUUCCCACCCAUUUCUGCAAUGGAACAGCCCACAUGCUUUACAGGGUCACGUUAUUGAAAGAAAGAGGUUACAGGGCACCAACAGCGAAACAGGACCCACGGCUGGUCGCGUUCAGCAGCAAACUCACAUCAAAAUGGCGAAACUUAUCACCGUUUUCGGAGCUACAGGAAUUCAGGGAGGGUCUGUCACCAACGCCCUUCUGGAAGACAGGGAUUUUAAGGUCCGAGCUGUGACGAGAAACGCCUCUAGCGACAAAGCUAAGGCACUGCAGGCUAAAGGUGCCGAGGUCGUUACGGCAGAUCUGGACGAUCCAAGCACGUUGGGACCUGCCCUGCAAGUAAGGAUCGUCUCUAAAAUUUAAGGUUCUUACAAAGCA